AGCAUCAUUCAUUCAUUCAUAGAUAUCAAAAAAACGCAAAUCCUUCUUAUUCUCAAACUCAAAUCACGCAAAACCCUCUCUCACUGCAAACUCAAUCUUCACUAUAAACCCUUCUCUCACUGCAAAUCCUUCUUCACAGCAAAUCUCUUCGUCAAACACUCUUCACGAACCCAGAAAUCUCUUCGUCGAGUCCUUCACACAAAACCCAGAAUUCGUACUGUUCUCACCAACCCUUCAUUGCAAAUUUGAAACCCUAAAUUUCUGGAAGGUGCUACUCAUUCAUAUCCACUUGCAAUAUAUCAUGCUCCUCAACUUGUUGGAAUUACAACCUCGAAUCUCGAAGUCAGUGAUAAGUUGAAAAUUCAUUACCUUGGUAAACUGAUAACCUUCAAAUUCUCUAUAUGCAUAUUUAUUUUGUAGCAUAGUUUAUUCCUAACAAAUUUGGAUUAUUUGCAAUAGUCAUACUUCUUAGGUUAGGUGGCUUUAUAUUCUCAAGAGGUACACUUUCAAUAGAUGUAAUGAUGUUUUUAUUUUUCAAGUUAUGUAACCUUAUUAUAUAGUUUUUUUCCCUUUUGAUUUCUUCCUGAAUUGAAACUGAUAAUAUUAAGAAAUGAUGGAUGUGUGCAUAGAAGGCAAUGACAGAUGUCAACUGUUGUGACAUAUGCAUUGCUGCCAUUAUCUUAGUUCCAAUAUCAAUUAUUAGAAGUUAUUUAUUUUGUUUAUCAUGUCACAUGACAGGUAUUUCCUGUUGCUCAAAAGGAAAUUUGUGGAUUCAAUCCUUUUACAAGUAUGAACUCUCUCCCAUCUCUGGUCUUGAACUUGUUUGAGCGAGCUUGAAUACCCACUUUUUCCUUUAUUCCUCAUAUCUCUUCCUUUAUUCCUCGUAUCUCUUCCUUUUCAACAAACAAAUCGCCGCCUCCCCCAACUCCUAGGGUUCCGUUUUCCAUCAACCCAAUUCCACUUUUCUUCUUUCUCCGUCCAAUUCAACCCAAUAUAAGGUAUAUACUAUUUUUUGCUAUAAUUUCAAUAUCGAUGUUCAAUAUAUACUAUACUACUAUUUCAAUCCAUUAAUUUUGCAAUUAUUAUUAUUGUUAUUUUUCUUGAAUGUGAAUCAAUGGCUAUUUUGGUUUAAAAGUUUUUAUUCUAGGUUAUAGUUAAUUGAUCUCUGAUCAUUAUCAUGGUUCUAAAUUGCGGUUACCGUUACCGUGAUAUUGCUUACAGUUGCAAUUGUGGUUGCAAUGUAGUUAGUUGUAGAGACCUCUAAAACGCUUAUAUUGUAGCCUCAAUUUAAUCAAUGCAAGUUUUUUUUGUGCAAUUUUUUCAUGGAAGGUAUGAUGAAAGGAAAUUCCAAGGGAAAAUAUGGAUCUUCUUCUUCUUCUUCUCAAAAAUCCACGAAAGAGAAGGAGAAACAUCUGGUGGAUAAGAUUCAAGGGAUUUUCACCAAUCUUCAGUCUGCAAGAAAGGAAAGCAGAGCUAAUGACAUUGUGAUCUGUGAGGAGCAGAUGCAUCAGUUGCUUCGAGAGUGGAAGGCGGAACUGGAGUCUCCAGCUACUUCCUUAGCUGAUGGGAGCUUUGGUUCGUUUACCGGGGAACUAGCCCAACUGUUGCAAGAAAUUGAGGAGAAAGAUGAUGCAACAAGUUCAUUUACAAGCCCCGUGCCACUGAAGACUGGUCUCCAUCAAAAUAACAUUAGUGAUGGCAAUUAUCCAUUUUUUCUGGAGAAUUGUUUUGAGAAUAACCAGACACUAGAUCAUACUUUUAAAGGCUCUGCUUCAUCUCUGUUCAACAGUCCUUUAAAUAACUCAGACAUGGCUCAGUUGGAUUUUCAUCAAUUCGGUUUAAAUCAAGAUAUGGAUCACAACGCUGUAGGUCACAACUCUGAUUUGAUUGGUCGGUUUAAUUUGUAUCAGGACCAAAGCCUCGGGCACAACACAGAAAUAAAAAACUCAGAGUCAACUCAAUUUAGUUUUGAAGAAGGCAUUGAUUGUUCUCAAUUUUUCGGAGAUAAUGACACCACAACAUUUGGAGACAAUCUUAUACCUAACAUUCUUCCAAAUAUCUGCCCUCCACCUUCUGCUUUCCUAUCCCCAAAAUGUGCACUGUGGGACUGUAUCAGACCUGCUCAAAAACAGUGCCAGGGCUACUGUUGUAGUUCUCAUGAGCAUUUGGCAAUUAGUGAAGGUCUCCCUGGAAUGACUCCAAUUUUGCGACCUGGUGGCAUUGAUGUAAAAGAUGGUCCUUUGUUUGCUGCUGUUCUUGCAAAGACAAUGGGAAAAGAAGUAGGCAUCCCUAAGUGUGAAGGUGCUGCUUCAACGAAAGCCCCCUGGAAUGCUUCAGAGUUCUUUGACAUUUCUUUUCUUGAGGGUGAAACUGUUAGGGAGUGGCUGUUCUUUGACAAGCCUAGAAGGGCGUUCGACAGUGGAACUAGGAAACAGAGAUCACUCCCUGAUUACCAUGGGCGUGGUUGGCAUGAAUCAAGGAAGCAGGUGAUGAAGGAACACGGUGGACAAAAGAGAUCCUAUUACAUGGACCCCCAACCUCCUAAUCGUGAUUGGCAUUUGUACGAGUAUGAGAUCAAUAGCCACGAUGGUUGUGCAUUAUACAGACUAGAAUUAAAGCUUGUAGAUAAAAAGAAAAGUCCCAAGGGAAAAGUGUCUAAGGAUUCUCUUAAUGAUUUGGAAAACAAGAUGGGAAAGCUAACAGCUGCUCCAUUGCCAGACAAUGGAAAAUCUAUCGAGGGAAAAACUGAUGCCAAGUCUGAGAAUGUUGGCCUGCCUGCCUGAAAAUUAAUAAAUACUUUGUGGGAUGAUUUUUGGCAAUGACUGACCAACAUGUACAUAUUUGAGGAAUGAGGAUAGACUUAAUCUUUUGGAAAUUUCUAACAUUUUCUGAAUCAAGGUAAUGACAGAUUCUUGUGGUGGUAGUUGUUCAUAUUCAAUUCUUCGUUAAAAAAAAAAGAAAAAGGUGUUCAUAUUCUUGUAUCCUGAGUAUGUGUAUGUUUGGAUUCACUUUUAGGAGAGUUAAACCUGACUCGUUAAACGUGACUUACUGAAGAGUUAAAAUUACUUUGGUGUGUUUGGGAUUCUCAAUUAGAAUGGAUCUUUUCUUUAAA